GCUAAUGUUUUUCCUUCUUCAGCGUUUGAACAUGUCAAACUACAAGGAGAAGUUUUCAACUUUGCUGUGGCUUGAGGAGAUUCAUGCGGAAAUAGAAUUGAAAGAGUAUAAUAUGAGUGGAAUCACCUUGAAGAGGAACGGGAACUUGCUGAUUUUGGAGAUCCCAGGGCUAGCUGAAGGUCGACCUUCUCUGUACGCAGGUGAUAAACUGAUUUUAAAAACUCAAGAGUACAGUGGACAUGUCAUCGAAUACAUCAGCUAUGUGAUUGAGGUCCAUGAAGAAGAUGUAACUCUUAAACUUAAUCCAGAAUUUGAACAAACGUAUAACUUUGAACCUCUAGAUGUAGAAUUCACAUAUAAUAGGACCACCAGUAGACGGUGUCACUUUGCCCUUGAACAAGUCAUCCACUUAGGUGUAAAAGUGUUGUUCCCAGAAGAAAUUAUUUUACAGUCUCCCCAAGUAACAGGGAAUUGGAACCAUGCACAAGACACCAGAAAUGAUGAGCAGUCCACCACCAAGAAUAGGAAAACCGUGAAGGACCUAACUAAACAUGCAAUAAAGGAGAGGCAUGUUGGUGCCGAGGACCUGCCGGGGGUGGCGGCCUUUGCUGCAGAGAUGAGCGAUGUGGUAAAUGAAAUGCAAAUCUCUAAUGCAAGAGAUAAGGAAUUUUUCAAUCCAGUGCUAAAUGAAAAUCAGAAGUUAGCAGUCAAAAGAAUUCUGAGUGGUGACUGCCGCCCACUCCCAUAUGUUCUUUUUGGACCUCCUGGAACUGGAAAAACGGUGACAAUAAUAGAGGCGGUUUUACAGGUACACUGUGCUUUGCCAGAUAGUCGGAUUUUGGUCUGUGCACCUUCCAAUAGUGCCGCUGACCUCGUAUGUCUGCGGCUGCACGAGAGCAAGGUGCUGAGGCCAGCAGCCAUGGUCCGGGUGAAUGCUACCUGCAGGUUUGAGGAGACAAUUAUUGAUGCCAUCAAACCAUAUUGCAAAGAUGGAGAGGACAUCUGGAAAGCAUCACGCUUCAGAAUAAUAAUCACAACGUGCAGCAGCGCAGGGCUUUUUUACCAAAUUGGAUUGAGAGUUGGACACUUCACACACGUAUUUGUGGACGAAGCUGGGCAGGCAAGUGAGCCAGAAUGCCUGAUUCCUCUGGGGCUGAUUUCAGACAUCAGUGGCCAGAUCAUACUGGCCGGAGACCCCAUGCAGCUCGGCCCAGUCAUCAAGUCCAGACUGGCCAUGGCCUAUGGGCUGAACGUGUCCAUGUUGGAAAGGCUGAUGUUGCGGCCAGUCUAUCUGAGAGAUGAAAACGCUUUUGGAGCCUGUGGUGCAUACAACCCCCUGUUGGUCACAAAGCUUGUGAAGAACUACAGGUCCCACGCUGCGCUGCUGGCACUGCCUUCUCGGCUUUUCUACCACAAGGAGCUUGAAGUCUGUGCAGACCCCAAAGUGGUGACCUUGCUGCUGGGCUGGGAGAAACUACCUAAGAAAGGCUUCCCUCUCAUCUUCCACGGCAUGCGGGGCAAUGAGGUACGUGAAGGAAGAAGCCCAUCGUGGUUCAACCCUGCCGAGGCUGUCCAGGCCAUGCGCUACUGCUGCCUCCUGACCCGCAGCGUCUCCAGUCAGGUGUCCGCCAGUGAUAUUGGUGUCAUCACGCCGUACCGGAAACAGGUGGAGAAAAUCAAGAUUCUUUUGCAAAAUGUUGAUCUGAUGGAUAUAAAGGUUGGAUCAGUAGAGGAGUUCCAAGGGCAAGAAUAUUUGGUUAUCAUCAUUUCAACUGUACGGUCAAGUGAAGAUGGAUUUGAAGAUGAUCGGUACUUUUUGGGUUUUUUGUCCAACUCAAAAAGAUUUAAUGUUGCAAUCACCAGACCCAAAGCUUUGCUGAUUGUACUGGGAAACCCUCACGUUCUUGUCCACGAUCCCUGUUUUGGAGCUUUGUUGGAAUACAGUAUCACCAAUGGUGUUUACACAGGAUGCAACUUACCUCCCGAGCUGCAGUCUCUGCAAACCUCUGGCUCGAUGGUGGUGGCUCCCCCCUCCCUGUGCUGCCCAGCAGUGCCAGGAUCCUCAGGACCUUAGAAGUGUCAGGAGCCCAGUUGAUGCCUGAUGGCUGAUGGACCGGAGACCGUGUGUCUCACCCUGUGGACCCUGGGCUCAGCCCAGCCUGUGCUGCUGCUUCUAUCUGUUCUGUGACUCCUGUGGAUGUGGACGUGGACAUAUGGGUGGGUAGACUGUCAGGUCAGUCUGAGUUGUUGCUGCUGCUACCUUUGAUACACGCCAGCCUGUUCCUGCCAUGGGGCAGUCACCACCACCCCACCCCAGAAAUAAACACUGGAGUAAUCCUCAG